ACAGAGUAUCUGAUAUUACAAGAAUGAGGAGACGACCUGGAAUUGGUGGCUUACAGACGGCUGCUGCUACUAGGGAUCAAUAUCGAUUGGUCGGAGAAAAUGUGGCCAGGAUUAAAACUGAUCUCAUGAAGGAACAGCUCACUACUUUCCGUUCUCAAUUGGAGGACUUUGCUCGCAAACACAAGAAUGACAUUCGUAAGAACCCUGCAUUCAGAUCACAGUUCCAUGAUAUGUGUGCUAAAGUUGGAGUGGAUCCUUUAGCCUCAAACAAGGGAUUUUGGGCAGAGCUACUGGGGAUUGGAGACUUCUAUUAUGAACUUGGGGUGCAAAUUGUUGACAUUUGUUUGGCUACAAGGUCUCUCAAUGGAGGGUUGAUCAACUUACAAGAGCUCUGCAAUAUGCUUUGUCAAAAGCGAAAGGUUGCUCGUGAAUCUGUGACAGAAGACGACUGCUUGCGUGCUAUAAGCAAACUGAAGGCAUUGGGUAGUGGUUUCGAGGUGAUUUCUGUUGGAAAGAAAAAGCUUGUGCGGUCUGUUCCCACUGAAUUGAACAAGGACCACAAUGAAAUUUUAGACCUGGCCCAGGGUCAAGGCUAUGUGACGAUGGAAGAGGUAGAGAAGCGGCUCUCUUGGUCAUCCGGUCGAGCUAUUGAUGACCUCGAAACCCUACUGGAAGAAGGACUUGCAAUGAUUGAUGAUGGUCACAAAGAUGGUAAAAGGCGUUAUUGGUUCCCUUGUGUGUCAUUUGUUACUACCUCAUAGUAGCAAUCCUUCUGAAAGUCCGAUUUUCACAUUAGAUUUGGCUCUGGUAAUGUACUGAUGUCUUUUUACAUGUAACUUGAUGAGGAAGUGUACAUUUUUACUGUUUGAUUGGUAUAUGGUAAUCUUAUUUUCUCCUUGUUUUAG